GUCAAACGUGUGUGUAGUGUCGUCUGCAAGCUAGCGUGGUGUCAACUUAGGAGCUAACUUCUCGUUAACAUCGCAUUUUUUCUGCCAAGUCGCAAGUAGGAAAAGUAACUUAAGCAACAAUGCCUGGAGAACAGAAUGCAGACUUUCCUAGUGAGGUAACAGACCUUAUCAAAAGCUUUGAGGUGACCCGUGAUCUCCAGUAUCAAAUAAUGGAAAGACUUGAAGAUGAGAUGAACAAAGGCCUCAAGGCUGCACUCAAUCCAACAGCCAAGAUCAAGAUGCUGCCGACAUAUGUUACAUCAUUACCCGAUGGAACAGAAAAUGGUGACUUCCUUGCACUGGAUCUUGGCGGCUCCAACUUCCGUGUAAUGUGGGUAAAGAUCAAGAAUGGUAAAAGCAAGACCUGCAUGGAUGUUUAUACCAUCCCGUCUGAAGUGAUGAGAGGGCCAGGAGAUCAGCUCUUUGACUACAUUGCUGAGCACCUCGCCAAGUUCACCAGUUACCACAAUAUAUGCGAGAUGUGUAUACCUCUUGGCUUCACCUUCUCCUUCCCUUGUUUUCACAAAGGCCUUGCAUCAGCUACCCUAGUCACAUGGACCAAAGGCUAUGAUGCAGCGGGGGUGGAAGGGAAAGAUGUUGUCCCGCUCCUGGAAGCUGCAUGUAAAAGAAAGAAUGUACAAGUAGACAUUGUAGCAGUAAUCAAUGAUACUGUAGCUACUCAGAUGGCUGGCGCCUUUAAGGAUCAUAACUGCGUAGUGGGAUUAAUUCUUGGCACUGGCUGCAAUGCAUCCUACCUGGAGUGUACAGAGAAGGUGGAAAUGUUUGAGGGCGCCAAAGGACCAGAGAACUUUGUCAUCAUUGAUUGUGAGUUUGGAGCGUUCGGUGAUAACGGGUGCCUGGAUGAUGUCAGAACCGACUUUGAUCGCGACAUAGACAGGAGAACGUUCAAUAGAGGGAAACAAUUUUAUGAAAAGAUGAUAGCUGGGAUGUACCUCGGUGAAAUCCUCCGACUUGCUAUAAUCCAUUUAAUCAAUCAGAAAGUCAUAUUUGGAGGUGUGCUUCCAGAGGCUCUUCAAAAGGAAUGGGGCUUCAAGACCAAGAACCUGACAUAUAUUGAAAAUGACACAACCCAAGACCUAUCCGAAACGCGAGAGAUCCUUGAGAGCUUUGAUCUCCAUCCCAGCGCAGCAGAGCUCCAGAUCAUACGAGCGCUGUCCCGGGCCAUCUGGACCCGCGGCUCUCGACUCGUGGCAUCCGGGAUCUCCCAGAUCGCACGACGCAUCAACACACCCAGCGUCACCGUGGCCGUGGACGGCUCCCUGUACCAGCACUUCCACCAAUUCCGAGAGCUGAUGUUGUCGGAUAUCAAGGAGUUGGUUCCCAAGUACGAGGUCAAGUUCCACCACGCAGAGGAUGGCAGUGGCAUUGGAGGGGCUGUGACCGCAGCGGUUGCUGUCCGACAGAGCAGGACAGGACAGAAUGGACAACCGCAUGUGCCUCUGCAGAAUGGCGAUUGUGUAUGAAACCAUGAGCAUUGCCUUUGAGUCAAGAGGGUACUUUAUUUUCCAACAUCCUCAGCAACAUCUUCGAAACUACAAGGUCUCCUUUGUGGAAGCUGUCCUGUUCUCCCUAGGAGUUAACCAAACCAAGUUUUUAUUGACUGUAAAGUAUUAUGAUCAGGAUACCACUGGCCCAAACCUAUUUUCAUGGACUUUUUAUCAAGAACUUGGGACUUUUUAUUAAAAGCCUGGACUUUUUAUCAUCAUCUUGGACCUCUCAUCAGAAACACAGACUCAGUAAAAUACCUUCUAUUUGUUCAAACCAUUCUUGUUUAUAAGCAAAGACAUCAGGCUGUGUGGCCAGAUUGACUAUUUGAAAGCCUAUGGACUCUAUGCUUCCCUCGCGUUAUCAUAUAUAUAACUUGUGCAUUGUUAAUAAGAAAGAGCAUGAUAUUGUUCUUCCAAUUUAUUUUAUUUUAGUGUAUUACUGCAUCCAACUUUUUUUUCCUCUUUCAUUUAUCCUUUAGGGAGGUAUUUAAUUUCUGGGAUGCAAGUGCUUAAAUGAAGAAGGGAAAUGAAAAAGGGUAUAUUCAAUCAUAUGGGGUUGAAAUGUGAAACAUUGAUCAAAAUGGAAUAAACUUGUUCAUUCGUCUGUGGUGUACACAGAAAUUGUUAAAAAUGCUAUAUGGGACUAUACAUAUUUGUGACAUGAGAGGUUGUCUAAAUUUUCAUCUCAAAUAUUCUUCAUAAAAUUUUGUACAUUAGAAAUAACAAGGGGGAUCAUUUUCAAAAGAUACUUUAGUUUAGUGUUAUCGCAGCGUGACCUAGCUCAUAGAUUAAUGAAUUAGUAUUUAUAUAGCGCCUUUUCAAAAUGUAAUUCGUAGAUAUCCCCGAUCAUGUCACGACAGGGAUUUGAAUCCACGACCUUCUGAAUGAAAGACAAGAGUCACUAAACCACAUCGUGCCCACCGAAUUCAUUAUUCCAUCGAAUAUCUUUAUUUAUCAUUCUGUCCUAUCUUUGUAUUUAUUUUGUCUGGUCAUGUUAAAUACUCUCCACUUGGAACAGUAUAUGAUAAUCCUUGUCCUUUUCUGUAUUUUAUCUCUGUGACCAGGUCAAUCCUUAUCACAUGAAAAUGUAGCAUAUGAUGCUCAUGAAGCAACAUGUGAUCCCUUUACAUUGCUUGUUCUUUUCUUCUGCCUUUUAUCUCUCUGACCAUGCCAAUAAUCCUUAUCCCAUUAAAAAGUAAUAUAUUACAAACUUUAAUUCUCUGCUCUCUCAUCCUCCAAUGAUUGUACUAAUUACCUUUUUUUGUAAUUAAUUUGGCUGUGGCCUUGUUUGUCUGCCUUUUGUGUUCAAGUCUCACAAGCAAUAUACAUAUAUAGAAUAAAAUGAACUGUACAUGCAAGUUGCAUGUCAAAGACCCAAAUUGA